GUUGGAUGACGUGACAGGGAGAAACAAACCCAAAAAGGAAUAGUCGCUACGCCUGCUGCUUUCUUUCUACUUGUAUCCUAUAUGUACAUUUAGGCUGGGACGUGUUUCCCCCACAUCUCUUCCACCACUCCUUUCCAUCUUCUCUCGUUCCGUCUCCCAAAUCGCCAAAACCCUCGAAAUACUUUCUCCCUGACCUACCCACAUUCCACCCUUUCACGAUCUCAACCUCGACCACGAUGACGAACUAUGGCAUGCCUUAUUUCCUCGAAGACAAGACUGGUAGUCUUUUAGGCUCCGAAUUCGUGGAUAUUCACGACCGACUUCAUUUCGUUUACCGUUCCACAUCUCAUGCUUGCUCGCAUGCGACGUACAUGAUCUUCAACACGAGCUCGUAUACGGACCCUCUUAUGGCUUUGACCUUUGGACCCAGGAAUGCGUUGGGGACGGUGUCCUUCCCGUCGCAUGUUAGUUAUCCAAUGGGCACCUACCUUUCAAGGAUCUCGACCUCUUCUGGAAGGGCAUGGAAGUUUACCGCCUCGGAUGGUCAGGAGUACUUCUGGAGAUGGAGAUCGCAGCCAAAUCAGGAAUGGACGUGCACUAAUGCGAAUGGAUACAUGAUCGCGUACUACAGUUUGAAAACUCCGGGCGAACCUCAGUAUGAAGGAUCGUCGGGUUGCUCUUUGACGAUUGAGGAGGCGUUUCCACGUCUGGCCGUAGAGAUGCUUGGAACGCUGAUGAUCUUGAGGCAUAUCGCCGAAUACAGGCUAUGAAACUUGUUAUGAAGCUAAGGUGGUCGAGGGUCUACCACGACGAACGUUUUCGGGUCCCGAUGGGCGACUCCACUGCGGCCUUUUUAACAGUCAGAUUGGGUUCACUCCGACCAACUAUUUACUAGUUUUCUUGUUCGAGGAUGCGAGGUUGGCCGUCGUUGUAUAUAGUGUAUCGUUAUACUUACCAUAAAAUAAGCGUUGAACUUAAAUGUACAUAAAACUUAAUAGCGUAGCAGUCUAAUACAUAACCCUUUACUCCGUG